AUGAAGAUUGAAAUGGAUGGAUGGCAAUACUGUUCACCAGUGGAGAUGGGGAUUUGUGAAGAAAGUAAUAUUCUCCUAACUCAGAUCCAGGAGAUGGUCCACUCAGACGCUACGUCCUAUGAGUCCAACCAUCAAGUUCCCCUGAUCAAUCGACCAGGGAUGUUAACCGGUCACAUGAGUGCCCUCAGCCAGUCACAACUGAUUUCUCAGAUGGGUUUGAGGAGCGGUGUUACCCAUGGUUCCCCAUCACCCCCUGGAAGCAAAUCUGCUACACCAUCUCCCUCCAGUUCUACUCAGGAAGAGGAGACAGAAUCACAUUAUAAGGCAACUGGAGAGAAGAGACCUUUGACAGAUCUGGGCAAGAAACCCAAAAACCAGAAGAAGAAGAAAAAGAAGGAUCCUAAUGAACCCCAGAAGCCAGUGUCUGCCUAUGCCCUCUUCUUCAGAGACACACAAGCAGCUAUUAAAGGACAAAACCCCAACGCUACCUUUGGGGAUGUAUCAAAAAUCGUUGCAUCAAUGUGGGAUAGUUUAGGAGAAGAACAAAAGCAGAUGCCACCCAACUUUAAACUGACUCUGGGCAGCUCACAAUAUAAUAUGCAAUACAAAUGCAAUACAAAAUAAAACAAGAUGGGUAUCUGGUUGUUUGAUACAAAAACCCAUCCAGCAAGGGGCUGUAUCCACCCUAACGUAAGGCCUGGGAGAACUUGCAUGGUGGUGGAAUGCAAAAAAGGAGGGAGCCACAUGGAUGUUCAGCUAGGACAGCAGAACUUCUCCUUCAUUUCUUCCUGCAACUCCCUAGACCUCUUGAAGUCUGUUUUAAAGUAUCCCUUAAGCCUCUGAAAACUUUUAAGACUGUGCAAAGAAUUGGAGGAGAGAGUUCUGCUGGAAGAAGUAGUACCAUCAAUGGAAAGUACUCUGUCCUUAAGAGCUACCUUAUCUUCUCUGCUGGUUGCAAUGCAAUUAAGCUUGGUGAUAUUUUUUUUAGAAAGAUACACACAUUUCCUGACAGUUUAGAUCCUCCCAUUGGAAGGGUUCCAAGAAACAACAUUUAGGAGAAGAGAAGCAGGUGGAGAAACCAUUGGAAAUUUAAAAUGUGCUUGAAAA